CCCUUUCUUUUCUCCAUUAAGAGUCGUCUUUCUCUUCCUGUCAAACUCAUUUCCUCAAAGCCUUUUCUUCUUCUUUUUCUUCUACGAGCAUUAAUGGAGGAAGCAAUGAGUACUAAUUGGCCGGAUGGGUUGGAAGAGGAGCUUGUGAGGGAGCUUUUGGACAAUGAGUCUCCGUUCUUUGUGCUACCAGAGGAGGCUGUAGAGUAUCCGCAAAUGAGUUUUUCGAACAAAGAGGGACUUAACCGGUUCGUUCAGAACGUCUAUUCUGGACCAACAAUCCAUGAUAUUGAGACUGCUUUGUCUGUCACAACUGGGAUAACAGUCCAACCCCAAGAACUCUCACAAGCCAGACUUUCAAUAUUGGAGAGAGGUUUGAGUAAGGUUGAGCACAAGUAUACUCUGAAGAUCAAAAGUUGUGACAGUGGAAUGGCUGAUGAUGGAUAUAAAUGGAGGAAGUAUGGACAGAAAUCCAUCAAGAAUAGCCCAAAUCCUAGGAGCUACUACAGGUGCACAAACCCAAGAUGCAGUGCAAAGAAGCAAGUGGAGAGGUCUAGUGAGGAUCCGGACACACUCAUCAUCACCUAUGAAGGCCUCCACUUACACUUUGCAUAUCCAUUUUUCCACCUUACCCCGGCCCAGAAUCCGAAUCCACCAACGAAAAAGCCCAAGAAGAGAACCUUGGCGGCACAACCGGAGGACCAUGAGCAAGAUGCUCAAGAAAGCCCGCGGAGCGUUACUCCAGACCCGGAACAUGAUCUGCAGCCCGGCGCAUUUACGGAUCAACCUCAAGAGUUUGUGGAAGAAGAGAGGGGGUCACAAGGGUUGCUUGAAGAUGUGGUGCCAUUUAUGAUUAGGAAGCCUUCAAGUGCUUCAAAUUCUUCAUGUUGCUCUUACCGUUCACCUCCAACCUCUCCUCCUUCUCUGUCAUGGCCUAGUUACUUUGAUGUUGGGAUCAAUCAUAGCAUUGGAUGAAUCCAUAACUCUAGUUGUUUAAGCUAAAUAAUCCUAAUGUUUCUAUAUAUAUACAUAUAUACAAUAUUAAUGAUCUUCAAUGUAUGUUAAAAUCCAAUGUAGAAUUUGUCGUCAACAUAGCAAGA